CACACUUCACCUUCCCUAUCGACCUUCACCUUAUCGCUAUACAAACGUUGUAACCUUGUGGGUUUGCUUUAAGAGCAAUUUGCAACCUAAAAUGCUUUGAAAUACACAUUUCACUGACAGGAACUUUUCAAUAGGGAGCUUUCUACAAGCGGAUCAUCCACCAUGUUGACCAUCGUCCUAGCAACCACUCUCCUUGUGCUCUUCCUGUUCCAUCUGUACAAAACCACGUAUCGACACAGACUAAAGUAUGCAGAUAUACCAGCCGUCGGUUGGCGAUGGCCGGUCGUCGGCAACCUGUUCGACAUGUCACGGACGCACUUGGUGCUCACGGACUGGUAUGAGAAGUACGGGUCGGUGUUCCGGUUCAGCCUGUACGGGGAGGAGAUCGUGGUGCUAUCUAGUUACGAGAGCAUUUUUGAGGCGCUGGUGACUCGCGGGAGCGACUUUGCGGGGCGGCCACACAUGACGCGCACCGAUUACCAGGACCGGAACCGGAACUCCAUCGUCUGGCAGACGUACACGCCAAAACUCCAGUUUCUGCGGAAGCAGAUCCACGCGUCACUGCGCAUGUACGGAAACGGACUGGACCGGCUUGAGGCUCGGUGCGGUACCGAGAUCGAGGUGUUGGUUGCCCGGAUCGAGGCUGCACCCAACCUGACCUUUGACCCCUGGAGUCUCCUCUAUGACUCCGCGUGUAACAUCAUGCUGGACCUGGCUCUCGGACUACGCCUCCCACACGAAGGCCCGGGGCUGAACAGACUUAAGGAGAUUAACGGACUGUUUAACCACUCGUUUGGGCCCGGCUCCAGCAGGAUUCUAGACCAGUUCCCGGCGCUCAACUUUCUCAGGGACGAGUUCCGAGCCCUGAAAACCGCGGUCGACCUUAGAAACCAGUUCUGGGCGGAUCAUCAACACAACUGUGAUAGUGCGCAUGAGAGUGCCAAAACCGACAACUGUGUUGUACGCGACCUACAGAGACUGGCACGAGAUCCGAACAACUCCGAGUUUGACAUCUCCGAGGAUACCCUGAAAGAAACAUUUACAAACCUUAUACUUGCCGGCACAGACACCACUACCACUGCUGUGACAUGUCUACUUCUGGUGCUACUACAUAAACCGGAAAUCCAACAUCGUCUACACGAGGAAUUAGAUCACGUGGUGGGUGGGGCACGUGCGCCGUCGCUUGGCGACCGUGAACACAUGCCGUACACAGAGGCGUGUUUAUACGAGACUUUACGGUACAUUUCUCACGUGCCAUUAGCCGUGCCCCACGCCACCAUCUGUGAUACGUCUAUAUGUGGGAAACGAAUACCAAAGAAUACAACGGUAUACAUGAACCUGUGGAGCUUGCACCACGACAAGACAGUGUGGGGGGACCCAUGGAACUUCCGACCGGAGCGGUUCUUGACGGACUCUGGUCGCCUUGUGCCCGCACACCAUUACUGCCGGAAGAGACUUUUGGCAUUCGGCGCGGGAAGACGGGUUUGUCUGGGAGAGACGCUUGCCAAGAAUCGUCUCUACCUGUUCACCACAGCGCUUCUGCAGAGGUACCACUUCCGGUCGGAGGGAUCCCCACCGCCGCUAGACCCUAAGUCUUUCACACUAGGAAUAGUGCUACACCCGGGGCAGUUUAGAAUUCAGGCCAUUCCUAGAACCACCGGGGAUCACAUCACUGAGAAUACAAAUGACCAUAUAGACACUGGUGCCAGCAUGUCUUUAAAUAGAUGAUAGUGGACUAUAAUUAGCUUAAAAUUUGGUGCAUUUAAUGAAUAUAGAUGUGAUUGUGAUGUCUAACAAGAGCUUGAAGCAGCGUGUGAUUUUAAACGAGAGCUAGUAUCGUAGUACCUAACGUUGUGGUGUUCAGAAUUGGGUCUUCAGUGAUUCAGCUUGCUGCGCGUUCCAAGUCCUGUACUCCUAUUAUAUUUCCAGGGAACCCAUUGAGACCAUCUCAUCUUGAGUGGGUCGUACAAUCGUCUUUUGGAAUCCUUUAAUUAGCGCGAUAUAUUUUGAAACAAAUUGGUUGGCUAGAAAGCUUGCAGUAUGUUUUAGUUUGCAAUUAAUACAUGAUUUUGAUUUCUGAAUCUCGCCUUAGUAUCCAAAUGAAUUGCUCGAUCUCUCGAUAUUUCAUCUUACGUCCAUAGAUAAGAUGGCUCCACUAUACGGAUACAUGUACAUCCACCGCAUGCACUGUUUUCUAAUUCAUCUGUGCACAACUCUACGCCAGGGACUCUCAUUGACUUGCUCAGAAUCCAUAGUUUUAAAUGUGGGAGUCCGAAAGAUGCAUUCACGCAAAAAAAAUCACUUCAGAUAAAUUACUGCAUCCUACCAUAUUUUCUCUAAAUUACUGUUGUAAAUGUAAGGACCUGUUAUGUCUACAGAUUUUGUCGACAUAUUUUCUUUCUGUUUAAAAAGGUAUAUUCUCGUUUGAUGUUAAAGAUGUUUCUGGUUUAAAUGUCAACAUGUAUAUGACAAUGUCAAGUGCUUGUAUGUGAUGACAGGUCUUAACUUUGUAUAAACCGAUCUGAGUCAAUUAGGAGAUAAAAUACAAUCACGUAAACACUGUAACGAUGAUCAAGAGUAUUGGUUUCGCGUAACUAAAAUAUUCCAAAUUUUCAAAACAUUAGGGGGUAGUUUCAAGGAGAUCAUAGUCGAUUUUAAUCGUCAAUUUAAGUAGUGUCAUAGUUUCAUAAUUUUGCUAAAUAUAGUUGUGAACACACUGCUGGAGAAAUAAAAGUGACGAUUACACAGAUUAAAGAUACUUGAUAUUAGGACUAAAAUCCUUGAAUGAAACGACCCCUCCCCCUCAAAUCUAAUGCUACAUGCAAGCUCACUAAUUUUGUUUUAAUAUGUUUUGUGUAAUAUUUACACUCUUAAGAAGUUUUUAGACAUUUUCUCGUGAUAAUCAGAAUUAUCUGGAAAUAAUUUCAGUAAAAAGAAGAUUAAGUCAGACAUUUGGGUUCAUGACAUAAGCUACUUAAGCCUGUUACCCUUAAGAACUUCAGGGAAAAUGGGGCCUACUGGUGGUCUGCCUCUCCAAGGAUUGACACGCGUUGUUUUAUUAAAAUAGCUUAACUAUAAUAGCUUGAGAUAAAUGCCAGACUUUUUCAAGCGACUUUAAGUACAGUCGAACCCCGUUGACUGGAACUCCAGGGACCGGCGAAAAUAUCUGGAGCCAAGCGGGUAUUCUUUCCUUCAGUAUAAAGAAAUCAGCCCUUAACAUCCGGUUCGAGCCAACGAGGAAUUCGAACCAAACGAGUUCGAGCAAACGGGGUUCGAUUGUCAGCAGAUUCUGGUACUUUAUGGCAUUAACCCAACAAGUGGUCCAGUGCCAUUCAACCGUCUUCUGGUUCCAUAGGAAGGAACAUACUUUUCUUUUUGUAUCGUUCACGGACAGUGUAGACAACAUCUUACUUUGUAUUAAGACAUCGUCUGUUUGUGUUUUAUAAUGUUCCUCUUACUAUGAGAAGCAUAUUUAUUGAUGUGAAUCUCGCAGUGAUGUGAAGUCAACAUUGUUCAUUAUCACUAUGACAUGUACACUUGUUAUCGUUGUAAGUAUUGAUAAUAAAGAUUACUGUUCAAAAUCAA